CCAUUGAUGGUACUACAUACAACCACAUCCACAGCAUCUACCCCCAUACAAGACUGUUUUGGAGAACAAGAGACUCAAACUCCCACUCGCACAUCUACACCUUUAGAGUUUCACACCCCAUAGACUCUAGUCGUACGAAUCCUAUAUUUCAUCUUCCUUCUUCCAGAUCAACACACUCCAAGUCUCAGUUCAGUAGAACCUCGAAUACAACUUCAUUCACUCACCCUAUCGCAAUAUAUACCAGCCACCACGACCUCUACAUUUCCGCGACUCUGUUUCCUACCCCAAUCCAAUCCCGACGACUUCAGACAAACUCUCCACUGCCUGGUACAGCUUGAGCUCUAGAUCAACCUUCCUUUCCACCUCCGCGUGCACGAACUUCUGGCGUUGGCCGCCUGUUAUACACUCGAAGUAUCGAAGUAGAGAGUGACCAUCGAACAACUACAGACCACAUCGACCAACCUUCAUCGUUCAUAUUGUGACUUGCGCGCGAACUGGCGCCACUGGACACACUUGCCUUGCUGAUCGACGAAUAAUUUAAUAUCACCGAACCUGCAGGCCGCCGGUGGCGAUCGGUUAUAUCCUACCCAUGAGCUGGGGCGAAAGAAAGGGAGCACAAGAGACCGCCGGGCCUGGGUCAGAGUGACUGGGUCUUUAAGGUCCAUGGUAGACCAUUCAUGCUUAGAACUGGAAGUUGUACGAAAUACACUGCUCUUGCGUUAAAUAUUACGCUAUAGGAAUGGACGGGCAUUUCUCGCCGACAAAGGAAAGCCUAUACCAUUUGGAAAUGGAUGUAAAGCAUGUUCAUGCGGUUCAGAUCAACCACGCAGAUCGCAUACUCCGACUCGAGAGAAGACAGGCAGAUGAUGCGGCGCUCAAGUCUGUCUGGAACCCUCCAUUUCCAGGUGUACUAGGCACUCCCCAGCAAGGUCCGGUACAUUCAUCUCAGUCUCAGGUUUUUGAUGACUUCGAUGACGAACAUGGGCAAUCAUUGCUGGGAAGCCUGCGUCUGGAUGCGGAAGAAGAGCCAGUGCGGCGCGGCGCAUCACGGGCGAACAGCGUACGUUUUGAUGUCAGUGCCACCCAAGGAUCAAGCUGGGCUCAAUCAUCUCGCACAUCAGGCGACUUCGGCCCUACUCGCCCAAAUAGUGGCUUUGGUAGUCAUCCUAUGGAGAGGACACUCUCGCAUAAGUCGGAUGGAAGACAUAGCUCCGCAGGCCAUUCCGUUCGUUCCAUGUACUCGGCGCCAUCAGGCCGUACUAGCAGCCUCGGUCUUGAUACUAACUUUGUGAUUGGAGGCCAAGAUGACCCAUCGCCUUUAGAGAUCCCAGAGCCGCCUCCAGGUCUCUUCAUACUGGGCAACGUCCCUUGCAUUAUACGAUGCUGGCUGAACGAAACUUUCUCUCAUGACACCUUACUCUAUGCCGAUGUAUGCACCGGUUCUCAUAAAUCAACAUUGGAGUAUACCCUCGUUAAAAAGCUUGGUUAUGUGGACCGCAUCCAACAAAACUCCAAAGGACUCCCUAUCAUCACCCUACCCGUUUACCUUCCCGAGGCUGUUAUAACACAGUCUUCAUCUCGAGCCAAUAGCCCUGCUCCACAACUGCCUGCGUUGACAGUCAACUUUGAGGUUACCGGCAUUCACCAGCGUUCCACAUCACGGCGACCAAAAGCCAUACACAUUUUCAUUGGGAGUGAUACCUUGAGGGCACAUAGUGCUGACCUUCUCCUCUCCCAGAAUACCAUGACACUCUACGGAGAUAGCCGUGAGAAACUCUCAGUACCAUUUGUACGACCAGAGGAUGACAAUGUCUUCAAAAACAUCUGCACUAUGAACAAUCCGCCCGAGGCCGUCGAGCUUAAGGGAGCCGCUCUUCCGUUCACCCCUGCUGGUAAACCAAGCAAACCUGCACUCUCAUCUGGGCGCGAUGAGAACGAAGGAGGGAAUGAAGCACCGAGCGAGACUUUGCAGUCUGGUGAUCCAAAUGUGAUACCAUUGUCCCCGAGACCCCCGCGCCAUGAGUAUGAGGACGGAAAACACGUAUCGGAUCUGCGAAAUGGGUUUCAUCCAAGCCUAGAACCUGCGUCCGCUGACAAUAACCCUGAGACGGCCGAAUCUAAGCCGACUGCAGGUGGCACCCAUGCCGAAGGCCUAACUAACAGCAAGCAAGAUGCCAAGUUAGCAACGAACAAGGAAAGUGAAACCCGAGAAGACGUUGGGGCUAAAUGGGGCUCCUGGCGAAAUGGUGGGCUACCAAAGAGUGAUGGCGAGCUGCAAAAAGAGACUGUAUCCGCAAGUGGCUACAACAAACCCGGCCGCGGCAACAGAAGCAUGAAGGUGCUGAAGCCAUCAAAGGGGCUUCAGAACGGCCGUUCUACUUCUGGAGCACGUCAUGUCUAUGAGCCCCCGCCGAGCAGUCCGUUGGAAGACGAUCCGUCCAGACGCAAGAGCCAGGCUAGUCUUACCGAUAGCAAUGCGUCCUCGCGCUGGGAAUCUAAAAAAACGGCAGCUGAGGAAAAGGCCCACAAGGAGGCGUGGCCUGUUACCGGUGCUCGUCGGCCCUCAAACCCGAUCGGUGGUGCUUCAGCGUUUGGCUGGAUGAAGGCUUCAAAUACGAAGGCAGAUCUUACGACGACUGAGUAGGUAGAUCUGGGUGAUUUGAUACCGAUAUAUCUAGCAAUACCCGGAGGGCUGGAUGUAAGGGGAUAAUCUUACGAUGCCCUAGUAGAUGAAUCAGAAUACUAUUAAUGCCAUGACAUCUUACUACUGAACUUCCUUGAGAGUCGUGAGCCUUUUG